AUGUGGCAGGAUUCUCCUCCACGCAAAUCUAUCCAACGCUCGAUCUUUCUGAAUGAAAUACCUACAGGCGCUAACAUAUUGUGCUUUCAAAGUGCUGGCUACCCUAUCAUCACCUACUUUCGCCAGGCAAAGAUACCCACACUAGGCGCAUACAACAUCGGCGGAAUCAAUUCCUCGGGACAGGUCUCGCAGAACUUUGCGAACUUUGCGCUCAUCGACGUGGACACGCCGCAGUCCGCAUAUACGCGCCGCUCCUGGAACGACGGCUCGACCGAAAUGACGCUCGUGUUCUCGGACGAAUUCAACGUGCCCGGGCGCACGUUCUGGCCGGGCGAUGAUCCGUACUGGGAGGCGGUCGACCUGCACUAUUGGGAGACGAAUAACCUGGAGUGGUACAGCCCGCUGGCGAUCACGACGGAUGACGGCGCACUGGUGAUUACGCUGAGCAAGAAGGAGACCCAUAAUUUGAAUUAUCAGGGAGGGAUGGUGUCGACGUGGAAUAAGUUCUGUUUCACGGGAGGGUACGUCGAGGCGAAUGUGUCGCUGCCAGGGACGAAUAAUAUCGUCGGGCUGUGGCCGGCUAUUUGGACGAUGGGAAACUUGGGGCGCGCGGGGUACGGUGCGAGUCUAGAAGGCUUGUGGCCAUACUCGUACGAUGCGUGCGAUGUGGGCACGGUAGCGAACCAGACCGUGGACGGGAAGCCGGUCGCGGCAACGGAGGGUGGCGAUCCGAGCGACGGCGGCGUACUGUCGUUUUUGCCGGGGCAGCGGCUUUCGCGAUGCACAUGCAGCGGGGAGAGCCAUCCGGGGCCGAAGCACAGCGACGGGACGUUUGUCGGACGUGCGGCGCCGGAGAUUGACAUGUUCGAGGCGCAGAUCGGCAGCCCACCGGUGGGGCAGGUGUCUCAGUCGGCGCAGUGGGCGCCGUUCAAUCAUGAGUAUAUAUGGCUGAAUACGAGCGAGAACGAGGUGAUCGCGAAUCCAUCGAUCUCGCAGCAGAACACAUACGCGGGCGGCGUGCUACAGCAGGCGACGUCGGUUGUCACUGAGACGAACCAGGAGUGCUACGAGGGCGAGACGGGGUGCUUCUCGGUAUAUGGGUUCGAGUACGUGCCGGGGUUUGACGAUGCGUACAUUACGUGGGUGUCGAAUGACAAAGUGUCGUGGACAUUGAACGUGGCGGGUCUGGCGGCAGACCCGCUCGUGGAGAUCUCCGCGCGGCCGGUCUCGCAGGAGCCAAUGUAUAUCAUCAUGAAUUUGGGCAUGUCGUAUAACUUUGGCGCCGUCAAUUUGGCGGCACUCCCAUUCCCUGUGCACCUACGUGUGGACUAUAUACGGGUGUACCAGCCGAGCAACGCGGUGAAUAUUGGUUGCAGUCCAAAGGACUUUCCGACGGAGAAUUAUAUAAACCAGUACAUGGAGGCGUACACGGACCCUAAUCUGACGACAUGGAGGGACGAUUAUGGCCAGCCAUGGCCGAAGAACUCGUUCCUCGGCCAGUGCUGA